GCAUCACUUCGACUUAUUAUUAGGUGUACACCUUUCAUAACUCAAACAUGGUGCCUCCCACGUAUUAACCCGCGUUUGCCUAAAUAACAAAAUAAAAAAAAUAAAAAAGAAGAAGUCGCAUUUCAUGCAACGCAAAAACGCUACUAUAAAUACCCCCACCAUCUUACCUUCUUCAAUCAACCAGUUAAUUAUUUGCUUCAUUUUCUCAACUCAAAAAAGAGUUGAAGAAAAAGAAAGAACCCUACUGCAAAGUGCAAAUUAAUUAAUGAUGGCCACCGUCAACUCCUACGGCAACGUCAACGACACCGACCACGAAAGGCUCGCCGCCCGGAGCAAAACCCGCCGGAGAUUCGCCCUCAUCGGAAUAUCCUCCAUUGUCCUCAUCGCCGUCGUGGUCGCCACCGUGGUCGGAGUUACGCAGACCAACAAAGGCGGCAGCAAAUCCAAAGACGAAACCAAAUCGAUUUCGUCGUCGAUCAAAGCGGUGUGCAACGUCACGCUUUACCCGGACUCGUGCUACAACAGCCUCGCUCCGAUGGUGACUUCCGGCGACGUCAAGAUCCAGGAUCUGUACAAGCUCUCCGUGCAGGUAGCCAUUACCGAGCUGACGAAAAUCUCGAACAGCUUCGACGCCGGAAAGCUGAACAUCACCGACGAGAAGACGGUGGCGGCGAUACAGAGUUGCCAGGAGCUUUUCUCGCUGGCGCUUGACCACCUCAACAGCUCGUUGACCAUAAACAACAUGAAUCUGCACGAUGCUUUUGCCGACCUGAGAACGUGGCUGAGCUCCGCCGGGACUUACCAGGAGACGUGCAUCGAUGAGCUGGAGAGUGUAUCGAGCGGGCUGAGCACCGUCGCCGGUGACAGUUUCAAGAACUCCACUGAGUACAUAAGCAACAGCUUGGCCAUGAUCACCUCCGCCGACGAGUCGAUUGACGCGAUGGGCAAAAUCGGAAGGAGGCGCCGCUUGAUGGGUUUCGGCGGCGGCGAUUUGCCGGAGUGGGUUUCCGCUAAUGAGAGGCGGCUGCUUCAGACGCCGAGCGUGAAGGCGGAUGCGGUGGUGGCGAAGGACGGAAGCGGGAAGUACAAGACGAUAAAGGCGGCGCUGAAGGAUGUUCCGGCGAAGAGUAAGAAGAGGUUUGUUAUAUAUGUGAAGAAGGGUGUUUAUGCUGAGAAUGUUAGAGUGGAGAAGACGAUGUGGAAUGUCAUGUUCGUCGGAGAUGGUAAAGAUGCCACCAUUGUCACCGGCAGCCUCAACGUUGUUGACGGAACCCCCACUUUUCAAACCGCUACAUUUGCUGUGUUUGGUCAAGGAUUCAUCGCGCGCGACAUGGGAUUCCGCAACACGGCCGGUGCAGCCAAGCACCAAGCCGUCGCUCUAUUGACGUCCGCAGACCUCGCGGUCUUCUACCGAUGCAAGAUGUCCGCAUUCCAAGACACUCUCUACGUGCACGCCAACCGUCAAUUCUACCGCGAGUGCGACAUCUACGGAACAGUUGACUUCAUAUUCGGCAACUCCGCAGUUGUCCUCCAGAACUGCAACAUCCUGCCCAUAAAGCCAAUGGCGGGCCAAAAAAUCACGAUCACGGCCCAGGGCAAGAAGGACCCGAACCAAAACACCGGGAUCGCGAUCCAGAACUGCAACAUUCGGCCAGGUGGCAACCUCGCUGGGGUCAGCUCUUUCUUGGGCCGACCUUGGAAGGAUUACUCCACCACAAUUGUAUUCAAUAGCGUGUUGGACCGUUUCAUCGACCCCAAAGGGUGGCUUCCGUGGAUCGGUGACUCAGCCCCGAAGACGAUUUUUUAUGCAGAGUAUCAAAAUACGGGCCUCGGUGCGGCGACCAAGAAUCGGGUUAAGUGGGUUGGCUUGAAGCUCAAUCUUAUUGCUAGCCAGGUUCAGAAGUUCACCGUUGCACCGUUCACUAAUGGAGAUAAAUGGAUUCCGGCAACUGGAGUUCCCUUCAAAUCCGGCCUCUAAAUGAUGUUUUGUUUUUGUUUUUGGAUCAUUUUCUUUUGUUCUUUUUGUAUUUUUUUUCUUCCUACUAUUCAAUAUUAUUUGUGUAUGUAUCAAUUGAUUGAAACUAAAUUUGUAAUCAAUAAUACGAAAUGAUCAUGAUCCAUGGGUUCUCUUCCGUACGG